CCAGCACCAGCCCGUACAUCCCUCUCCCUCGCGGCGGUGCACGCCACGAGUACGACCCCUCCCCCUCUUCCUUCUUCUUCUUCUUCUUCGCCCAAGCAAAGCAAAGCACAGAUCCCGCCGCCGUACUUGCUGUACUCUCCCAUUCCCUCCUCCUCCGAAUUCCAAAUGGGCCAAGCCGGGGGAGCGCUCUCCGAUGGGGUGCUCAAGAAGAUCCUCCUCUCCUAUGCCUACGUCGCCAUCUGGAUCUUUCUCUCCUUCACCGUCAUCGUCUACAACAAGUACAUCCUCGACAAGAAGCUCUACAACUGGCCCUUCCCCAUCUCCCUCACCAUGAUCCACAUGGCCUUCUGCUCCUCCCUCGCCUUCGCCGCCGUCCGCAUCUUCCGGCUCGUCGAGCCCGCCGCCCUCACCCGCCGCGUCUACCUCUCCUCCGUCGUCCCCAUCGGCGCCCUCUACUCCCUCUCCCUCUGGCUCUCCAACUCCGCCUACAUCUACCUCUCCGUCUCCUUCAUCCAAAUGCUCAAGGCCCUCAUGCCCGUCGCUGUCUACUCCAUCGGGAUCCUCCUCGGGAAGGACAGCUACAAGGCCAACACCAUGUCCAACAUGAUGGCCAUCUCGCUCGGGGUGGCCAUCGCGGCCUACGGCGAGGCCAAGUACGACUCUUGGGGGGUCUUCCUGCAACUCGGCGCGGUCGCCUUCGAGGCCACCAGGCUGGUCAUGAUUCAGAUUUUGCUGACAUCCAAAGGGAUCAGUCUCAACCCCAUCACCUCGCUCUACUACGUGGCCCCGAGCUGCCUGGCGUUUCUCUCCAUUCCGUGGCUGCUCGUGGAGUACCCCGUCUUGAAGCAGCAGAUCGCGGGGGUUCAGUUCGAUCUCGCCAUUUUCGGGACCAACUCCCUCUGCGCCUUCGCCUUGAACCUGGCGGUGUUCUUGUUGGUGGGGAAGACUUCUGCUCUGACCAUGAACGUCGCCGGUGUGGUCAAAGAUUGGCUCUUGAUUGCGUUUUCCUGGUCCGUGAUCAAGGAUACGGUGACGCCGUUGAACUUGUUCGGGUACGGAUUGGCGUUCCUGGGCGUUGCCUAUUAUAAUCACACCAAGCUGCAAGCUCUGAAGGCUAAGGAAGCACAGAAGAAAUCAUCACAGCCUUCGGAUGAGGAGGAAUCGGGGAAGAUGUUGGAGGCAAGGGAAAGGGAAGGUGGGGAUGGAAUUGGAAUUGGAAUUGGAAUGGGGAGGAAGGGAGACGCCCAAUCGUAACUAGAGAUCAGGUCAGGUUCCCAGUCUCAAUUGGAACAAAAAUAAUUAUGAUAAUAAUAAUACUUAUAGUAACAGUAAUAAUAAAGGCCAGGAGGAAAUCUGGGUUUUGGUUGGGGUUGACAUUGGUGUACGGUGCUGGAUCUCGGGGUGCUGCGGCGAUGGGUGCAGCAGAUUCAUUUACUGCCUGCUAUCCUUGAUGUUUCUUUCUGACCGAGAUCCUCAUUUCUUGCUCGCAGCAUCACAUUAUGUAAUACUACUGUUAUCAUCAUUAGGAGUCAAAAUUAGCACUGCGCCCAUUGCAUUUGGAUCCUCCAGUUUCUUCUUCUCCCUGUUACAUUACAUUACCAUCGCAUCACACUCCUGUUUUACACGCUCCUCCUCUCUUUGUAUACAUUUAUUUAUUUGUUUAUUUCUCCUGAUCGACUGUGGGCA